CGCCAUCUUGUUCAGAGUAACGAGUCUGUGUCUGGGAGCGGUCGGUGGGUCGGUGAGGAUCAGCUGUAACGGGACUGUUACCGAGGAUGAAGAUGAUCGUGCUCCUCUUACUCAGGGUCGGUAACCUUUCUGAUGAGUGCGUCUAAAAUGUCCUCAGAAGGCAAUGCGCCACAUGAUUGCAUUGCAAAUCCAUCAGCAGAUCAACUGAAGCAGCUACGUAAAAAGUUUCCCAGCAUGCCUCAGGGGUGGAGGUGUAUAAGGGGGCGGAGUCUGUCCUGCUGCACUGUCAGGUAUCAGUUGGUGUUUCCAGUAGCGACACAGCAGCAGUGUGGAACCGUGUUGGGCUCAGGAACCCAACAGUUCACCUGCGAAUGCAGAAAAGUGACGAUCUUGAUGAGCGUGAUGAUCUUAGUGGUCAGAAUGAUCUUUACCAACAUCGAACAUCAAUGAGAGCUGAUGCUCUGCAGACUGGAGUCCUCAGCCUCACUCUGAAGAACCCCACAGUCUCUGACAGUGGAACCUACAACUGCAUCUACCGUAAAUAUGGACAAGAUCUGAGAAAAACUGAAGUACAGCUGAAAGUCUCAGAACCUCCUCCUCCUCCAGUCUGGCCCAAAGUCCUCGCAGCUGUGCUGGUUACUCUGAUCAUCCUGGCUGCUGCCAUUGGUCUGUUUGUGUACUGUGUGUAUAAAAGAAUGAAGAACACAGAAGCUACGCAGACAGAGGUGGUGGAGGUGCCACAGGGGGAGGAGUCUGUCCUGCUGCCCUUUAAGACCACAGCUGACCUUCCUCGGGACGUCACAGUGGAGUGGAGACUCACUGAACCCGAACACAUGAAGGUCCACGUGUAUGAGAGUGGAAACAAUCACCCAGAUAAACAGGACCAGGGUUACAGAGGUCGCACAGAGAUGGAUAAAGAUCCACUGAGAACUAAAGACCUCAGUCUGACCCUGAAAGACCUCCACCCUACUGACAGUGGAGUCUACACCUGCAACAUCUCCAGGGAUGGACACAUGCUGCUACAGAAAUCAGUGACGCUCAUUGUCAGAGUUCCCCCGCCAGAGGUGGUGAAUGUGACAGAUGCAGACAAGUCUGUCGAGCUGCCCUUAAAGACCACAGCUGACUUUCGUCAGGUUGUCACAGUGAAGUGGACUCUCACUGAACCCAAACGCAUGGAGGUGUAUAAGAGGGAAAAAGGUUCGUCAGACAUUGUGGUUACCAAUUGUCGCACAGAGAUGAAGAAAGAUUCACUGGCAACUGGAGACCUCAGUCUGACCCUGAAAGACCUCCACCUCACUGACAGUGGAGUCUACACCUGCACCGUCUACAACAAGGAUGGAGACAUGCUGCUACAGAAAUCAGUGACUCUCAAUGUCUAUGAGAGUGUGCCAGACAUUGUGCAGGUGCCAAACAGACCGGGGUCUGUCCUGCUGCCCUUUAAGACCACAGCUGACCUUCCUCAGGACGUCACAGUGGAGUGGAGAGACUCCAACAACAUGAAGGUCCACGUGUAUGAGAGUGGAAACAAUCACCCAGACAAACAGGACCAUGGUUACAGAGGUCGCACAGAGAUGAAUGAAGAUCGAGUGAAAAAUAAAGACUUCAGUCUGACCCUGAAAGACCCCCACCUCACUGACAGUGGAGUCUACACCUGCACCGUCUACAACAAGGAUGGACACAUGCUGCUACAGAAAUCAGUGGCUCUCCAUGUCUAUGACCAGCCUGUGAGAAGUUUGGGGACAGUGUGUGGAAACAAGUCUUAUUUGCUAGAAUUUGAAAAAAAUGAAAUGAAAGAUGAACUUGAUCAGAUUUCCACAGUGGAGUGGAAACGUAUAUACCCCAAAUACAAUUUCAUAAAGGUAAUAAGACGCCAUCAGGGAAAUGAGAAAGACCUCAGUCUGAACCUGGAAGACCCCCGCCUCACUGACAGUGGAAUCUACACCUGCACCGCCUACAAAGAAAAUGGAGACAUCCUGCUAGGGCAAUCAGUGAUAUUCAGUGUCAGAGACUUCCAACUGGAGAAGGUGGAGGUGGAUGAGGGGGGGGAGUCUGUCCUGCUGCCCUUUAAAACCACAGCUGACCUUCGUUAUGUUCUCAGAGUGUACUGGACUGUCUCUGAAUCCACACAGAAGAUGGUCGACUACUUUGAUGUGACUAAAAACUACCAGCCAGGUUUACAGGCCAAGGAUUACAUCGGUCGCACAGAGAUGAAUAAAGAUCCACUGAGAACUGGAGACCUCAGUCUGACCCUGAAAAAGCCCCUCCUCACUGACAGUCGUAGCUACACCUGCACGGUCAGCAACAAGGAUGGACGCGUGCUGCUACAGAAAGUCGUGAUUCUCAGAGUCAGAGCAACCUUAAAGGGAACCAUGGAAGACAUGUUUUCACGUCUCAGGAGGAGGAGGACGGCACCAAAUGCUGAGGUCAAAGAGGACGUGAGGAACAGGAACCAAGAACAGGAACCUCUGACUGCUGAAGAAACAGUCUGAGGAGGAGGAGGAGCUGGUGAUGAAGAGCAGCCUGUGUGUAUAUACAGUAUCUGUUGUGUAUUGAGCCCUGAGGAAGAUGAAGAUGCAGCUUUGCUUUGGCCUUCCUCUGCUAACAGCUAACAGCUAACUAACCUCAGCCAGAUGUUCUGCAGCUGUUUGUCUAACAUUAUAAGUUUAUAAUGAUGAUGACCCCGAGCGUGUUUCUGCUGUUCUGAUGGAUCCACAGAGCGUCCUGACUCUGUGUCACAUGUUAGCUUCAUGUGGGUCAAAGGUCAAAGUUGCUGACUGUCAGGAAGCAUCAGAGAGGAUCAGACAAACAGAUGAAACACCCUCUCUGAAGCUUCAAUCAGAGCAGGAAGGACCUGUGAUGGAGGCCCUGAGGCCACAUCCACACUUCCUGUCAGUCCCUCUGAUUGACAGCUGCCUCCAUUAAUAUCAUAUAUAUCCAUAUAAUCACCCUGAGGUCACUGAUGUUGUGAUGUUGGUUCUGUAUAAACCAGAUUAAAUGUUUUUACACAUCAAUA